AUGCCCGCGGACCCUCUGCUCCGCGCGGAGGUCUGCCAGGUCUACACUUCCGGCGAGCAGUAUGGUCGCGUCACCGAGCUCGAGGACGGACAGUAUAAGGUCGAGGAUAUGGUCGAGGUCGCCAAGCAGGCAAAGGCGCGGGCAAAGAGCCCGCCCGUCGCAGCCGACACAAAGGGCAAGGCGCGCUCCACCCCAUUCGAGUCGCGGCGCGGCGGCGCGGCCGGCGCCGCUGCCUCUGGCCGCAAGGGCGGCGCUGCGGACGCGCCGAAGAAGAAGAAGGGGCCGCCCAAGAAGAAGCCCGCCGCCAAGCCCGCCGCCAAGCCCAAGCCCGCCGCCGCCAAGCCGCCCGCCGCCAAGAAGGCGCCCGCGCCUGGCCCCCACGAUGCCGGGACGUGUCCACGACAUGCCAAGAAGCUGCCGGCGACGGAGGGGGGCGAUGACGACGACGAGGAGGAGGAGGACAGCGACGCCGUCUUCGAGGCGAAGCCGCGGCUCAAGCCGAAGAAGCGGGCCGCGCUCGGGAGCGGGUACAAGCCGCUCGCAAAGAAGAGGCCUCUCCGAGUCGCAACGAUGUGCUCCGGGACCGAGUCGCCGCUGCUCGCGCUCGACAUGAUCUGCGGCGCGCUCAAGGCGCAGAGCGGGCAGUCGAUCGCGGUGGAGCACGUCUUCUCGUGCGAGAUCGAGCCCUUCAAGCAGGCCUACAUCGAGCGCAACUUCGCGCCGCCCCUCCUCUUCCGCGACAUCCGCGAGCUCGGCGACGAGGAGGCGACGACAGCGUACGGCGCGACGCGGCCGGUGCCGGGCGAGGUGGACGUGCUGAUCGCCGGCACGUCGUGCGUCGACUACUCGACGAUGAACAACAAGCAGAAGAAGAUCGACGAGAAGGGCGAGUCGGGCCAGACCUUCUGGGGCAUGCUCGCGUGGGUCAAGCGGACGCGGCCCUCCAUCGUGGUGCAGGAGAACGUGUGCAGCGCGCCGUGGGAGGAGAUGGUCGGCUACUACGCCAAGGAGGGGUACGCGGCGACCUUCCUGCGCGCUGCCAUCAGCGAGCUGUCCUGCCCCGCCUCCUCCUCGCUCGAGGCCUUCCUGCUCCCGACCGACGACCCGCGCGUCCACACCGCGCGCGAGGACCUCUCCCACAUCGACCCGACCAAGCAGCGAGGCGUGGUCGACUGGGGCCGCUGCGAGACGCGCCACCAACGCGCGCGCACCGACGAGGAGCUCGGCGCCAAGCGCCCCCUCACGCAGUGGGUGUCGCAGGGCCACUGCGCCGGCCCCGACUUUGCGUGGCACGACUGGUUCAAGAGCCAGGUCGAGCGCGUGGUCGACCUCUGCGACAUCAACUACCUCCGCCUCGCGCGCGAGGGGCAGGACGCAAACUACAAGACGCUCGUCUGGAACCUGUCGCAGAAUGUCGACCGGUCCACGGCGUCGUCGCGGCCGGGCGUCUGCCCUUGCCUCACGCCGAACAUGGUGCCGUACGUCACCAACCGCGGCGGGCCGAUCGUCGGGCCCGAGGUCCUCGCGCUGCAGGGCAGCAUCCCGGUGGACGACCUGCUGCUGACGCGCGAGAACAACGACCAGAUGGCCGACCUCGCGGGCAACGCGAUGUCCUCCACCAUCGCGGACGUCGCCGGCGGGUUGGCGAUGGCGGAGAAGCCGCUCGCGCUGCUCGGCGAGGGCGGCGUCGGCCCGCUGGCGCAGCUGCUCGCCGAGGCGGCGGGCUCGGCACGCAUGUGCGCCUCGGAGGGUCGCACGCGCGUCGCGAGCGACAUUGUCCGCUGCGCAAAGUGCGGCACGACAAAGUCAAAGUCGGGAUGCCCCGAGUCGUGGCCGGAGCACGUCGACAUGGCGCCCGUCACCGAGCCGCGCACUCCGCCGCGCGAGUUCGAGGCCAAGCUCGCCGCCGCCCUGCCGAUGGCCAAGGCCAAGCCCGCCGCGAAGAAGGACGAGGCGCUGUGGCGCGGCUGGGCGGCGGCAGUCAAGGCGCUCGAGCGCGAGCGCUUCACCUACGCCGAGGCGACGCUGGCGACGCGCGGCGAGUCGUGGUCGGUCACCUUCCGCUCCGAGAAGGGCCGCGUCGUGAUGCACCUCGGCCGCGAGUGCGUCGAGUGGCUCGCGUACGCCUCUCCGCCGCCGCAGCGGGGCGUGCUGCGCGAGCUGCUGCUCCAGCCCGUCGCGCGGAUGCGCGUGCCUGCCUCCGCCGCCGGCCUGCUCGACGGGGCGUGGGAGCUGUGCUUGCCGGCGCUGCGCCAAGAGCCGGUGUCGGUCACGGUCGCGUCGGUCGGCGAGCCGGUCGAGUCGUGGCAGGCGUCGAUCGGGCUCGAGGCGGAGUGGAAGGGGUCGACUCGCUUCCGCUCGUGGCGCGUCGAGAUGGCCGACUCGGCCGCGCGCCUCUUCGACGUGGAUGUGCGCGGCGAGUACGAGCUGCUCGAGAAGUGCGGCGGCGCGAUGAACUGCCUGCACCGGCGGGUGGGUGACGGCGCCCCGCUCUUCCUCUUCCUCGACCCGCACCGGAUCGGGGCUGCGGAGCACGACUCGGUCGUGUUUGCCACGUCUGCGGAGCGGGUCGGGUACGGAGAGACGCGCCGCACGGUCGCCUCCCUCGACGCGUCGUGGCGGCCGUGGACCUCCGGCGAUUCGCCUCCGGCGUCGCGCAGCGAGGCGGUGCACUGCAUCGUGCGCGGGGCAUGGGCGGCUGCGCCAAAGGCGUCGCUGCCUCCCGCCGGGGAUCAGGGGGCCAAGCACGCCUACCCCGCCGCGCCGCCAAAGCUCCUGCUCGAUGCCUCCUCCCGCGCUUCCGCCACCGCGCCGGCGGCGGUGCCGGUCGUGCGGUGCGCCGUCCCCCUCUCGGAGGAGGAGGCGGCCGCGUGGCCGAAGGGCGAGUGGGAGCAGAUCGCGGUCUCGAAGUCGCGCCGCAAGUUUGAGGCGAUCUCGUGGAUCACCGAGCGGCUCGACCUGCCGCCCCAGAUCUCGGAGUGGACGGCCCUCGGUGCGGCGGACGCCUUCGCCGCCUGGUCUGCGGGCGGGUCGCCUUGCGAGGUCUGCGCGCCCGCGAUGCCCAAGCUGCAGUGGGCGCAUGGCUCGCGCGGGCAGGCGGCUGCGACACGAGGGCCCGUGAGCAAGGCGGGCGCGUACGAGCAGGCGCUCAAGCGGCGCCCCGCCGCCUUCGGCGAGGGCCUGCCGCCGCUGACGCUCUCCUCCAACAAGCACGACCCGGCCGCGCCCCAGCCGCCCCACUUUGGCCCCUUCAAGGGCCGCGUGGGCAAGGUGCUCGCGCUGCGGCCCGAGCAGCAGCGCUCGCUCUCGUGGAUGCUGGAGCAGGAGGAGGAGGGCGCCGCACCCUUCAUCGAGGAGGAGGCGACCCUCCCCGCCCUCAACUGGCGGCUCGAGGCGCGCGCGCGGGUCGGGUACGGAAAGACGGUCAUCACCGUCGCCCUCAUCGACGCGGCCCCGCGCGAGCCGCUCCCCCCUCCUCCGCCUCUGCGGCGCGACGGGUUCAUCCCGCUCAAGGCGACCCUCGUCCUCGCCCCGUCGCACUUGCUGCGGCAGUGGCCGACCGAGGUGGAGCGCUUCACCGGCGGCGCGCUCAACACGGUCGUCCUCGCGACGAUGGCAGACGUCAACAAGCACUCAGUCAAGGACCUCGAGAAGGCGGACGUCGUCGUGUGCGCCAUCACGCUGCUGCGCAACGACCUCUACUUCGAACGGCGCGACUCGCCAGCCGGACGAUGCCACCUGGAGCCCCUCUCCGACCCCCCUCCGACCCUCCUCCGGACCGUCCUGCAGGCUGGCCGCCUUCGCCGGCUCGGGCGCGCUGCCCAACGGCAAGGCGUCGCUCCGCCACUUCACGCAAGCGAGCAAGUCGCCUCCCUCUCGAGCGGCGACCUCAGCGCGGCGCAGAGGCGCGUGGCGGACGGGCGCGCGGGGCGCGCCUCGCAAAAGAAGGCGGCCGCUGCGUCGGUGAUCGGCAAGUCGCUCGGCAACACCGCCAACCGCGCGGGCGUCAAGCUCGAGUCGAUGGCGAUGGCCGCGCGCGGCAAGGGCACGAAGCGGCCGGCGCCGGCGCAGUCGCAGUCGGACGAGGACUUUGCGGACUCGGACGAGGAGUCGGAGGAGGAGGCGGAGUCGGACGAGUACGACGAGUCCGAGUCGGAGGAGCGGGCCCCAAUCACCCCCAAUCACCCGACAAUCACCCAGAGUCACACAGAAUCACCCGGAAUCGAGGAGCGACCCGCAAAGAAGAGGCCGGCCGCCAAGGCGAAGCGCGCGGCCAAGCCAGAGGAGAAGGACCCGUGGGGGCUGCACGGCACCAAGGCGUCCAAGGACUGGAAGCACUUGCAGGCGCUGCCGGUUGAGAUGUUUUACUGGAACCGCGUCGUCAUCGACGAGUUCACGUACAACAACGAGCGCGACAACGUCGCCAUCGUCACCGGCGUCAAGGCCGCCGCCCGGUGGGUCCUCUCGGGCACGCCGGACGUGUCUGGCUUCUCGGCGGCGCAGUGGCUCGGGCUCACCCUCGGCUCGAGCGACGCCUCGGAGCUGACCAAGGCGGAGCAGAAGCAGCAGUCGGCGGCAGAGCGCUUCGCCUACUUCAAGGAGGUGCACACGCCCGCGUGGCACGCGACGCGCCACGCCAUCGCGCAGGACUUCCUCGACCGCUUCGUGCGGCAGAACGUGGCCGAGAUCGACGAGAUCCCGUGGCGCGAGCAGGCGACCCGUGCGGCGGUCGUCGCGCUGCCGCCGCCCGAGCGCGCGCUCUACAUCGAGCUCAAGAACCACCUCGAGGCGCUCGACAUGAAGAACUCGCACAAGACCAUCAAGUCCAAGUGCAAGUCGGAGAACGACCGCGAGGCGCGGCUGGCGAACAUCGUCGCCACCCGCACGGCGCAGCUGCAGCUCUGCGCCGACGAGAUCGAGAGGCAGACGGCGUACGCGCGCGACGCGAUCGGCGCCUUCGAGGCGCACCACAAGCCGGACAAGCUCGACGCCAAGCAGAAGGAGCUGCUGCUGAUGCCGCGCACCCACUUCGACGACUGGCGGAGCAAGGAGGUCGCGGCGAGCGGCGACGACGAGGCGGCGCGGCGGAUCGCGCAGCUCGCGGGCCUCGCUCGGGCAAAGGGCAAGGUGUCGCUCCCCUCCAACGAGAAGGGCUUCAAGGACAAGCUCUACUGGACGCGCGACCAGGCGCACCCUGCUGCCGCGGCCGCAGCACGCGCUGCGCGCCGCACCCCCCCUCACACCUCUGCCCGCGAGCAGAAGGAGCUCGUCGGCCGCGUGCGCUCCCUCCGCUUCUUCGAGGCGGUGCGGACGCCCUCCUCCUCGCUCAGCCUGCUCUCGUCGUGCGGCCACGCGGGCCCGCACGAGGCGCUGUGCGAGCACGCCGAGCGGCAGGAGUGCCCGCACCCCGGCUGCAAGGCCGCCGUCCGGCCGGGCUGCGUCAUCCGCCUCGGCUCGGAGACGGCGGACGGCGCGGGCGGCGCCUUUGGCGCGAAGCUGUCUGCGGUCGCGUCGCUGAUCGGCCGCACGCGGGAGGAGGAGCGGGUGCUCGUCUUCGUGCAGUUCCCCGACCUGCUGCAGAAGGUGCACGAGGCGCUCACUGCGGCGGGCCUUCGCGUGGCGAUGCUCAAGGGGACGCCGACGCAGCGCUCCAAGGUGAUUGAGGACUUCCAGCAGCACACGCUCAAGAAGGGCGACGCUCGCGUGCUGCUGCUCAACUUGCGCGACGAGUCCGCCGCCGGCGCCAACCUGACCCAGGCCUCGCACGCGAUCUUCCUCCACCCGCUCCUCGUCGGGUCGCAGCAGGAGUUCGACUCGUGCGACACGCAGGCGCGGCGGGGCGCGGAGAUGACGUCGCUCCGCUGGAGUGAGCGGCCCGGCGCAUUUGUGGCGGACCCUUACGGUGCUGCGUGGGAGGGCGGAGUGCGACCUUGGAGCACUUGGAGCACUUGGAGCACUCGGAGGCACAUUAAAUUCUUUUUCACGAUGCACGGACGAUUCUACCGCCUGUCUGCUUAG